GAUGAGGCUGACAGCAACGACCUGCCCUCUAUGGUAGAUCACAAGAUCAACAAGGACAAGGACUCAAAAGGACUGUUUGUUCACCCCAUUCUUACACACACUCGCACACACACACCCACAUAUCAAUCUGUACAGAAAACUUGGGGAGGCUUUACAAGUCUACCCAGGAGCCCAGGAUUAUUCGAACUUAUCUUCAUAUUCCUCUUAAAGGAGAAGGUUUGAUCUCAACUAAUGGCUAUCCCAGAGAUGUCCAUGCUUUACUAUGUUAGGACUCUAAUCCUUUGCAUCUUGCUGCUACCUCACUGGGGUCAAGCGAGUCCAAUUCCUUCCCUGGAGGAGCCGUUUUCAGAAGGACUUGGACAAGUGGAUACAUCGUUCCUGGACCAGGAUGAUAACAUGGACUUUCAGGGGCUCCUAGGCCAGUUCCUCUACAUGUUUAAUUUAACAGCGCAAGAGCUAAAACCGAGGCCCCGAACUUCCCGCAAUGAGCCACCAGAGUACAUGCUGGAACUGUACAACCACUACGCAAAGGAUAGAAGCACCAGACCUGCAGCAAACAUUGCACGGAGUUUCAAGAACGAGGACUCCUCCCCCUAUAGCAUGACAAGGAGAGGUGUGAAGAUGAUCCCUCUAAUGUUCAAUGUCUCCAUUCCACGUGAUGAGCGCAUUAUUGCCGCGGAGCUCCGCCUCUACAUGUUGGUACAUCGAGAUCCUCAACGUAACAAUGGUGUUAACUGGAAGCUAACAGUUUUUGAGGGGCAAGAGGAAAGUGGUCUGUCAUUUCAGCAUUCUAAGGAUCGAAUUGCAGAGAACAAUUCGACUGGUAUGCAGGAGCUGGUGGUAAGGCAUGGCCAGUUUAAAGAGAGUGGAUGGGAGGUGUUCGAUCUGACUGAAGCGGUUCUGCGCUGGAGAGAACUAGAGAGCAUGAGCUACUGGCUUGAGCUGCAGGUCGAAUGUGUGAAUGACGAUGAUCUACAAGAUGCAGACAAAAAUGCUAUUUUAAUCAGUCUGGACAUUGAAAGGAGUGUGGGAGGAAAGCAUGAACCAGUGUUGAUUGUCUUCUCAGAUAAUGAAAGCAAUAAAGACAAAACAAUCCCAGAAGACAACACUGGCUUUUUAGAUCUCACUGAAUUGUCGAUGAAUGAAAAUGAUGAUGGCGACAUACAUCAAAAUGAGGCCUUUGUAAUGCAAAUGCGCUCAAACAUGAUAUACGAUAACAUGCCACGAACCCGCCGCAACGCAAAGGGGAACCAAUGCAAGAGGACUGAACUCUAUGUGGAUUUUAAAGAGAUAGGCUGGGACUCGUGGAUCGUCGCACCACCAGGCUUUCAGGCUUACACAUGUCACGGAGAGUGCACUUAUCCGUUAACUCCACAAGUGGACCCCACCAAGCAUGCCAUUAUCCAAACGCUGGUCAAUUUAAAAAGCCCUCAGAAAGUGUCACGAUCAUGCUGCGUGCCCACCAAGCUAGAACCAAUCUCUCUGCUGUAUGAAAAUGAGAAUGGCCAUGUAAUUUUCCAGCACAAAUAUGAGGGCAUGGUGGUGGCAGAGUGUGGCUGCAGAUGAGAUCUGGAAACUUUCAGAAACUCUCUUCUGACACCAAAAAAUACAAGAUCAAGAGACUUGAUAAGAUGAUAAUACAAAUGUUCACACGUUAACAGAAUAAUGCACCAUGAUUCUCAAUUAUGUUGCCUUUGUGUGAUAAUAAACAACUUACCUAGCAACUAUUUAAAAAAUGUAUUGUAAGUAGCACAGUAGCAUGGUGCUAUUUGAAAUAUACAGACACCAUAACCUGACAUGGAAUGGAUGGGCAUCAUGGAGUGAAAAAGACAAUAUUUCAAACUUUCACUUGCAUGUAUAUCUGCUUUUCAUAGCAUAGACUAGUGUCUUAUUUAUUGUACAAAUAUUCGCUGCAGUCUAGAAUAUAAUACUUUCAAUUCCAGUUCAUAAUUAUAAUAAAGUGGAAAAUAUCUUUCAUUUUAA